AUGGAUGGAUUUGGUUUCACGGUCGUCAUUAACGGAAUGCUCUCCGUCGAGACAUUCUUUAUCAUGAGGCUCACGGUGCCUGGCGCGUUCCUGGUGGGCGUGUUCUUCCUCUACCCUCUGCUGGUGUCGGGGCCCCUGGUGGACGACGUGGUUCAGUACCUCGUCAACGACGUCUGCCGCCGCAACUGGUGGCACGUGCUGGUGCACGUGUCCAACCUGCGCAACCCUCUCGACGUGUGCCUACCCACGUUGUGGUACAUUGCCUGUGAUUACCAGCUUUUCCUGGCAACUCUCCUGUUUGUGUUCCUUUUAGCCAAGAAACCCAUGGCGGGCGUAAUCUGCCUGGUGGCCGUCGCAUUGGGUGCCUGCGCCGCUGUGGGCGUCCAGCACUACGUCAACGCUUUCGAGCCCCUGCCUUACACGUACAUCAGCGAUCUCGAGUGAGUUUCACGGCCUGCU